ACGCCUAGAGAGAGCCUACCUGCACGACUGCUCAUUGGCAAUGGCGAGGAGGAUGCGCAAGCAGCAAGAACAGAUGGAAAGAUGGGUUGGGGACGGAGCGCGGAAGAUGUUGGGCGUUGGAGUUGGAGUUGGCUUUCGCCGCUUGUAGCCGGCUAGUGGGCACAUGACAGCGGGAUCCCGUCUCGCGCGGUUCCCUGUCGAGCUGAGGGGCAUCCGAAACUGGCAAAGAGGGACGAUACCGCUUCAUGCGCAGAUGCACGAUCAACAGUGCGCCUUCGUGGGGAAGGCAUUCUCCAGCAAGAUCCCUCGCGACCAAGAGGGCGGCGGUAGUCGACUGGCGAAUGCCGCCACAGCCGAGCCGGAUGCGCAUCGUCGGGCCCCCGACUGUGAGGCGUGAGGCGCAGUCGUCAGUAUCCGAGCUGCAGGUUUCGGCGUCGCCUGUGCAGAUUUUGAAACAGCGAAGACGCCGGCUGCUAUCGAUAGGACCGCUGAUAUGGGUCGACGAUAGGUUAAUCCGGGGUCGCUCAACGUCGUCAGGACUUGCGCAAUCGCGUCGGUCCGCCUCAGCAGAGGAUACUCUGUUCCAAUCGUGGAGAGGGCGCGAAAGGGGAAGACGAGCAUUGAAACGGCCACUCUAUGCAGACCGCUCAACGAGUAGAAGCUCCACCGUCGCGGUUUCUGGUAGACUACCGCAGUCUCGGCCGGCGCGACUCGUUGCAAGGAAAGGGAGCUUAGUCUUGCAGAUAGGCGACCGGUUGGACAUCGGAUGUGCGCAUGUGCGAAGUCGGCAGAGGCGACUCCGAGGAGGAUCUCGGAUCUCCCGCCAUGUCGCCAUCUGCCACAGCCAUCACCGCCGCGCACUGCCACAGCGCAUCUGCGGCGUUCCCGGCUAUUGCUGCAAGCGGAAAUCACCAUGGCCCGCGGGCGUCGCGCGCCAUCGUCGUCAUCGCCGCGAAAGAUGCUGGAGGCAGGUCGCGCAGUCUGCUUCAGUACGCGCCCGAGCUACUCGACGAUGGCACGCUGCCAUGGUUAUUCUGGACCGUGUCUGUCUGAGGGCCCGCGCGGUCGCGAUCACAUGAGGGCCGCGCGAGAGGGCUUUUCGACGCGGACAGCACCCCUGCUCGC